AUGAUCUACCAGGACGCACUUUCCGACGGGCGCUCCAGGAGCAGGGCGCUGGUGCCUGGCGGCUCACCUAGUGUUCCGCGCCCCCGCAGCUUCGCCAUCACAGACCUGCUGGGCCUGGAGGCUGAGGUGCCCGCGCCUUCCGACCCCGGGCCAGGAUCUGGUUGCGAGACCUCCCCGGCCGCAUCCUGCACGGGUCCGGGUGUAGGGAGCUCCUGCCUGGCGCGCGGGGCCCUCCCACUGGGGCUCGGCCUUCUCUGUGGUUUCGGCGCUCAGCCUCCUGUGGCUGCUCGGGCGCCCUGCCUGCUCCUAGCCGACGUGCCAUUUCUUCCACCAGGAGCGCCUGAGUCCGCUGUCCAGCAAGCCCCAGGUGGUCCGGCUCCCCACUUCAGCAGCCAGAAGAGCAGCGAGAGCGUCUCGACGUCCGAUGAGGAUAGCCCAUCUGAAGACAGGUGUGGCCUGAAACUGUCCCCUACUCCUGGCAAGAGGAAGAAGAGGCGGCACAGGACUGUUUUCACUGCCCACCAGCUGGAAGAACUGGAGAAGGCAUUCAGUGAGGCCCACUACCCUGAUGUGUAUGCCCGGGAAAUGCUGGCCGUGAAAACUGAGCUUCCAGAAGACCGAAUACAGGUCUGGUUUCAAAAUCGGAGGGCCAAGUGGCGGAAGCGGGAGAAGCGUUGGGGUGGUAGCAGCGUGAUGGCUGAGUACGGCCUUUAUGGGGCCAUGGUGCGACACUGCAUCCCACUGCCAGACUCCGUCCUCAAUUCCACCGAGGGUGGCCUGGUUGGUUCCUGUGCACCCUGGCUCUUGGGGAUGCAUAAGAAAUCCACAGGGAUGAUAAGGAAACCGGGAAAUGAAGAAAAGCUGACAGGACUCUGGGACUCAGACCACCUCCAGGAAGGUUCUAGAAGACUGGCAGGAUCCCAGAGAGGCUCAGAUGAAGCCCGCCCUGAGAAUGGCUUGGAAGAUGUGGCUAUUGAUCUCUCCAGCUCUGCUCGGCAGGGGACCAAGAAAGCACACCAGGGCAACAGUGCCCUAGGAUGCUCAGACUCCUCCAGGCUGAAGGGGCUCCAGCCAGGAAAGGUAGGAGCCUGA